CCACUAGCAGGUGAAGCUUUCRCAGUGGGCAAAAAACGGCAACAAGCUACUCUACUCACAGCAGACGCGGGCUGUGGAAAGAUGACAAUGAAGCAAGGAGUGUUCUCGUUGCUGCUUCUAUUAGAUCUAUUAGCACUAGCUUCAAUUGUCGAAGGAACGUGUAACAACGCCGGCCGUUGUUGGAAAACCACUGAAGACACAUCGCGUCGGAUAGACUGGCAUGUCUGCGGUGACGAUAUCUUCACAGCUGUAUUGGGAGUGUGCAGUGGUAUAAUCACACGGCGGUCUAGCUUUCGACAAACCAAAGGGAAUUCUUCAGGUGAAUCGUCAGAAAAAAGUAUCAUAAAAGAAAGCAAAGCCGCGAAAUCCUUCCACACAACACGGUCUAGAAGGUCUUACCACAUUGUAGAAGAAUGUUGCCACGAAGGAUGUWUAGUAGAGGAAGUCCGAGARUACUGCUGACCAWCGUGAUYGAAUAGAGCARCUGUCACGUGGGGGAUAAAGAUCCAUUAUCCAAUCAAAGAAAAGAAUCUUCGAUUAGAAUGAAAUAAAAAUGAUAUCUAGAUUUGCUAAGUGAAAGAACUUGUUUUGGAGGUGGAUAAUAAAUUUUAUUGACCUGUACA